AUGACAAGCAGCAUGGGCAAUCUCAAAAGUAUUACUCUCCCAUUGCUGCUAGCAUUCUCCCUCCUCCUUCCAUUUGCAGAGAGUGAUUGGUUCAUGAACUAUCAUAUUCACAUCACAAACGAUUUACCUUUACGUAAUUCACCACCCAACCAGCCGAAUUUGUUUCUACAUUGUAAGUCCAAGAAGAGGGACAUCGGCGACAGACCGAUGAUGAAGGGGCAAGAUUACACGUGGGACACCAAGGUUAAUUUUUUCCGAACGACGCUUUUCUUCUGCAACGCACGAUGGGUGGGUCACAAGAGAAUAUCUUUCGACGCUUUUGAGGCCAAAAGAGACGAAAAAAAGUGCUUGGAGUACCAUAACUCUUGCAUGUGGUCGGUGAGGGCAGAUGGGAUUUAUUUCAGUAAAGAUGAUGCCACUUGGUUUAAUGCAUACCGUUGGUAA